UUGUGCUUUGUUCCGUCUUAUAUUCUUUAAACGCAUCCCUUCUUGAAGGUCAGAGUAGCCAAGCAAUCCCUCUGCCCAUCAGGUUCCACAAAGUGACCCUAAAACGCCUCUUUCGCAGGACUGAGAGCCCUCUUUCGGGCUGUUUUCACUCUCUGCACUGAGGCGGAACGUAUCUCUCGAGUGACGGUUUCCUCCAGGAAGCCUUUUCCUGGAACACCAAGGAGUCACUGCAAAGGGGAGGGAAGCCGUGUCCUACUGCAGAAAUGACAGUCUCAUUAUUAUGGAAACGUUUCCAUCAAAUUGCAAAUGGCAGGCUGAUGCAGCAAAGGACAAUGGCUCUUUAUAAUCAGACCCAUGGUUUUCAGGAGGAUGAAAUCAAAGCAAAACUUCAACAGUUCACUGGUGGAUCUGUUGACCUUUCAACGAAAGAUGAUGGGAUUGGGAUACUCACGCUCAACAACCCAAGGUUUAUGAAUGCUUUUACAGGAACGAUGAUGAUAGAACUACAGGAGAGAGUUGCUGAAUUGGAAAACUGGAAGAAUGGGAAAGGGCUUAUCGUCCAUGGUGCAGAAAAUACAUUUUGCUCAGGAUCUGAUCUGAACGCUGUCAGGACACUGUCCAGACCACAGGAUGGAAUGAAUAUGUGUAUGUUCAUGCAGAACAUCUUAACCAGGCUCAUGAGGUUACCUUUAAUUACAGUUGCAUUGAUUCAAGGGAAAGCUCUUGGAGGAGGAGCAGAACUGACCACUGCAUGUGACUUCAGGUUAAUGACCCCGGAGAGCGAAAUGAGAUUUGUCCACAAGCACAUGGGCUUAGUGCCAGGCUGGGGGGGAGCUGCCAGGCUCGUCCAAAUCCUUGGCAGCAGCCCUGCCCUCCGGUUGCUUAGUGGGGCUGAGAAAGUGGAUGCCGAGAUGGCCCUUCGCCUUGGCCUGAUAGAAGCCGUGCUGCCCUCAUCAGAGGAACCCAGAACUUUACAAGAAGCACACACCUGGCUCAAUCUGUAUACCAAGGGUCCGCCAGAAGUAAUUCGGGCUGUGAAGAAAGUCAUUUCAGCAGGAAGGGAGCUACAGUUAGAAGCUGCCUUAAGGACAGAAAAAGAGAUUUUUGGAACUGUUUGGGGUGGUCCUGCCAAUUUGCAUGCCUUGGCUCAGAGAACAAAACAUAAAUGAGUAAUGUGUAAAAUAAAUGGUUCUUUUGCAAAUAGUUUCUGCCAAACAGAUUUGUGCGAAACCAUUAUGAAGGUUUAUUACCUCAGUAGACAUUAAACUUUCUGGGACAUCUGCCCCAUACCUGCGUUCAAUAA